AUGGAGCGAAUACUGCGUGGAAUUAUGCGUUAUCGUAAUACUACACGCGAACAAAUGGUAAAAGAAUUCCAAAGAGUACGCGAUAAUCCUGAGCCAAAGGCAGUCUUUUUUACAUGUAUGGAUAGUAGAAUGAUACCCACACGAUACACAGACACGCAUGUUGGUGAUAUGUUUGUGGUGCGUAACGCUGGAAAUUUAAUACCUCACGCCCAUCACUUUCAAGACGAACAUUUCAGCUGCGAGCCCGCUGCUUUAGAGUUAGGUUGUGUAGUUAAUGACAUACGUCAUAUCAUUGUGUGCGGCCAUAGUGAUUGCAAAGCUAUGAAUUUGUUAUAUAUGCUAAGAGAUCCGGAUUUUGCUUCAAAGAAUAAUCGACGCUUGUCCUCACUCAGGUCCUGGUUAUGUACACAUGCAACCACAAGUUUGGAGAAAUUUUUGGAAUGGGGAGAGAAAGGAAUGCGCGAUCCUCUGAUUUUCUAUUCCGAAUCAGGAUUAAGGCGUUUUGUGGCAUAUAUUGAUCCCGAUAAUCAGUUCGCUAUUGAAGACAAACUGUCGCAGAUAAACACGUUACAACAAGUUUCAAAUAUAGCUUCGUAUGGUUUUUUAAAACCUCGUUUAGAGUCUCACGACUUGCACAUACAUGCUCUAUGGUUCGAUAUUUAUACGGGUGACAUUUAUUACUUUAGUCGCGGCUCUAAACGUUUUGUGCCGGUCGAUGAGCAAAGUGUGGAGAAACUGACGGAGGAAGUAAAACGUUAUUAUUCAUAAAUUAAGCUGAUAGAUACUGUAUUUUAUAGAGCAGACGCUGCAUUUCCACCGUACAGGGUAAGGCUACAAAUAAACUCCAAUAAUGGACAAAAACACGCACGGAUAAGCAAGAUGAAAUUGACCGAGAAUCGAGCACUGACUAGAAAAAAGUGUCCUUUAUGAAGUCUUUCUGGAUCGAAGGACAAGUUUUGCACAUGUCAUCUAGAAAUGAAUGCAAUAAUAUUCUGCCGGAUAUAAUGUUCGAACUGUGACAAGAAUAUCAGGUGUUUUAAAAUGAAACUAAUUUUUAGAGAACAUAUCUUAAAGAUAUUUUUAGGUAAUAUUUGUCUUGUAAAUAUCUAAAGAUAAACUUUUUUUUUCAUUUUUGAAGUGAAGUAAGACGUAAAGAAGAACAUAUAUCUGUUUCAAUAAAUGCGAAAAGCCAAGAAA